GGUGUGUCGCAAAGGACUACUUCCUGUUGAACUUCGGUUAAAGAUUUUCUCGCUAUGGCUGCAGAAGAGCUGGAUAAAAUGAAUGUCAUUACAGAGCUGUCAAACCAAGCCCUACAGGAGUAUGAAAGCCUGCAGAGGAAGCAUGAGACAGCAACCAUGGAGUGCAAGAGACUGGAGGAGGAGAGAGACAAGGCCAUCAAGAAGCUCAAUGAGAUCCAGCAAGUGUCUCAGAUGGUCAUUGAAGAGGUCGGUGCCAUUCAGGAGAACCUGGAGAUCGAGAGGACAUGUAGAGAAAGUGCUGAAGCCCUGGCCUCCAAGUUGAACCGUCAGAACCACUCUCUGAAGAGAAAGAGCAUGAUGUUGCUGUCCCACCUCAGCCCAAAGACCAUCGAAGAGCUCAACCUUGAGGAUGAAGUGGAGGAGGAUGGUGAAGACCUAAAUGCAGCCAGCAAGGUCUGCCUCUCCCCCCAGUGCCAGACCACCAUCUCAGUGCUACAAAAUAAGUUGGAGUUAACAAUAAAAGAGAAAAAUCAAGCAGUAACUCAUCUUGAGGCAGUAAAAGACCAACUGAGGGAAACCAGGGAAGAACUGCUGAAAGAGAAACAUGAUAACACUGUUUUAAUUGCUGAAACAGUGCGGCAAAAGAAGCUCCUGGGGAAAUAUAACAGAGUGUCUCGGUUUGCUGUGGAGGAAUACAAGGCCUUACAGGACACACUGAACCUGGAGCAAGAUCUGAGGACAGAGGCAGAGAACUUUGGCAGAGCAAUGGUGGUCGAGCAAAAGAAGCUGAAGAGACAAAGUCAGAUCCUGAUGCAAAACUCCUCGCCCAGCCAAGCUCUACAGGAAGCCCUCAGCCAGGUCAGCAGACUGACCCAGGAUCUGGAGACAAAAAGGCUGGAGCACCAGAACCAGAUAAGGCAGAUGGAGGACAGGCUGAGGAGCUGUGAGGCUCAGAGGGAGCUGACAGCGCUGAGGCGCAAACUGGAGCUUGUGGAGGAGGAGAAGAGUGAGUAUGGUGACAAAUACUCCAAGGCUGAAGUGGAAGUCAAGGAUCUGCGGUUUACAGUUGAGGAGCUCCAGAAGAAGCUGCAGGCAGCUACCAACCCACCCCCAGUUCCAUCACCUCCAUCUCCCCCACCACCUCCUCCUCCUCCAGCCCCAGCUCUGGCCUCCAACCCACUCAGUUCCUUGUUGUCAUUGAUCCGAAAGAGAAAGGACAUCAGUACUGACAUCCCACUAUUGGUCCAGGACUCUGCAAAGGCACCAGACGUGGACGUAAGGCAGCAGGCAGUGGAGGAAAUGAUGGAAAGGAUCAAGAAAGGUAUUCAGCUUCGACCAGUCAGACAGUCACCCAAUAGAAUCAGGAGACAGAUGCAGAGGCUGCCCUCUAACUCUGCCAUUCAGGAACUUAAAGGAAUCAUGGAAAAUUUCAAUAGAACCUCCCCCCAACCAAAGGCAGUAUCUCCGUCAACAAACCCCGAUGAGGAGCUGCAGAGGAUCCUUCUGCGACGGCGGGAUGCACUGGAGUAAAAAACACAAUGCCAGUCCCCACCCCAUCCUUUCCCCUACAGUGUGAAGGGUGCCACCAGGCUGAGGUCAGCCCUGACAAGAGUGUCCAGAUUAUACA